AGAACCCUGAUAUGGUCUAUGAUGUUUUUGUUUGUUGUGCAUUCUGUGUGGCCCUGGCCUCACCCAUCUCGUCGGCAGUGUAUAGGCGCCACCAUGUGGCAAUUUGGCAAACUACAGUGCAGGACAGGAAAAGAGAAAAUGUCUUACCUUCAGUUUAUUUACAAUACGUAGCUACUAAGAAAAGCAAGGAUGCAGUAUGAAACCAGCGCUCUCUUACAAUACUACUUAUCUAACGUAACUAGCUUCUCAAAAAAAUACUUAGCCAAAUAUCCCAAUAUCGCAAGAGGGUUUCUAUACCAUUGUUACCGCUAGUAAUUUGCACAGUCACGGUGGCCGAGAGGUUAAGGCGUUGGACUCGAAAUCCAAUGGGGUUUCCCCGCACAGGUUCGAAUCCUGUUCGUGACGAUUGUUCACUUUUAGUAUUUGCAGUUGUAUUAAAGAAAACAUACGGCAAGUAUGUAUUCUGCUUAUAUAGGCUUAUUUGGAUUUCGAAAUAGCUAUAUGGAGAAUUUAUGCUUUAUUAUGGGGGAACGAGCUCUGAACGUAACACGCCCCCUUGAUAAUCAUGUGUUUUUCUCGUCUCCCUAAUUUUGACAGCUGUAAAUUAAUUAGAACCUGAUUUGAACGAUUUCCACCAUCACUACUAGUCUCUCUUCUCUCGCUUCAGUGACUUUAAUCAAAUAUGUUCGCCAUUGUGCCAAACGAUGCUCAAUUCUUGAUAAAAGACAUAAAGUUGGGAUUGAAGAAUUUAAAUGUAAUCUUUAUCGUGUUGGAAAUGGGAAGGGUAACUAAAACAAAGGAUGGGCAUGAGGUUCGCUCCUGCAAGGUGGCUGAUAAGAGUGGGUGCAUCACCCUGUCUGUGUGGGACGAGGUGGGUGGACUCAUCCAGCCAGGAGACAUCCUCCGCCUCACACGAGGCUAUGCAUCCCUGUGGAAGGGCUGUCUGACUCUCUACACUGGCAGAGGAGGAGACCUGCAGAAGAUAGGAGAUUUUUGCAUGGUCUUCUCUGAGGUGCCAAACUUUAGUGAACCAAACCCAGAGGUACUGGCCCAGGCCAACAGGCCGUCUAAAAUUGAGUCCCAGAACAGUUCUUCUGUCAGUCAAAACUCCACCCCCUCAGUCCCCACCCUCACAUACUCUUCCAAUGGAUGCUCUCCGCUCUCCCGGAAUCCAACCUAUGGGAGCACAGGACAGCAGACUGGGCGAGGCACCGGAGGUCCUGGCACCGACCCCAAGCCCACAGUAUCUAUGGGCAACAGCAGGGACCCACGGCAAGGGCUAAAGAGGAAAUGACGCUGGUUUCAAACCAGCACGUAUCUUGGGCCUAGCUCUAUUUUUAUUUAGCAAAUUAAAUCAUUUUUGUUAACAUGGUCAUUUUCUAAGGAAGAUAACAUGUUACACAUUUGGGUAACAUACAUAAAUAAAUCAUAACUAAAAGAUUUUGGGGGUUUGAAGUAAAGUUACUCAACUCACUCCAACUGUUUCAACACGUCCAUACCGGCAGAUAGCCUGCUCCCCUUUCAUUUGCAGUAGGUAGAAGUUGUUUCUUGGAAAGAGGCAAAAAAGAAUGAGACCAGGUUAGAGGACUUUCUCUUUAAUAUUUCUGGAACACUGCAGAUUCUAGAGGAUGCAUGUGAGAAAGUGUCCUUACAUAUGAACCACACAGAGAAACACCCUACCACACACAUCCAAGAGAGAUAGAGGGCCGAGUUCUCAGAUGAAUCUACUCCCAAAGCACACUGAGUGAGACCCAGUCCAAAACCCCAGUCCUGAAGGUUCUGGACCAUGGAAAAAAGCCUUGUGUCCACAAGACCUUCCUGAAUAAAGUCCACUUCUACAAGCCAUUAAAGCCCGUUAGAAACAGUUCAGUCCUAUCACAGAACUCACUGUUUCCGGUCACAACUUGCAGACUUGUUUACGCUGCUGUGCAUUUUGUUGCCGAUCUUACUUUGCUA